AUGUCUGCUGAUAAGUCCAAGGCCGCUUCCCAGACCGACGGAAAGACCCCUCUGAGCAAGAGGUCCGAGAUGGGCACACACGCUUACAAGAUGUUUGUGUUCGACCAGGAGAACUUCCAGGGCCGCUGCGUUGAGAUCAGCGGAGAGUGCAUGAACGUGUGCGACAUGGGCAUGGACAAGGUGCGCUCCCUGCGCGUGGAGUGUGGGCCCUAUGUCGGCUACGAGCAGAUGAACCUGUGCGGAGAGAUGUUUAUCCUGGAGAAGGGAGAGUACCCCCGCUGGGACUCCUGGAGCAACUGCCAGAGGAACGACUACCUGCUGUCCUUCAGGCCCUGCCGCAUGGACCCCGAGAAGCACAAGGUCUGCCUGUACGAGGUCGGAGAGUUCAAGGGCCGUAAGAUGGAGAUCAUGGACGAUGAUGUCCCCAGCCUGUUCUCCUACGGCUUCACCGACAGGGUCGGCAGCGUGAUGGUCAGCUGUGGAACCUGGGUGGGCUACCAGUUCCCCGGUUACCGUGGCAGCCAGUACGUCCUGGAGAAGGGCGAGUACAGGCACUUCAACGAGUUUGGCGCCCGCUACCCCCAGAUGCAGUCCAUCAGGCGUAUCCGCGACAUGCAGUGGCACCAGCAUGGCUGCUACACCAUGUCCAGCAAGUGA